UGUUGAUGUUUUUAUCUCAAACUUUGUCCAAACACGCCAUCAUCCGGUCUCCCAUUGGGCUUUACUACGGUGCCCAUAUUAGACGCCUUGGUCGCUGGUCCCGAGCCUAAACCCGCCCUAAACAAUUGAGGACCACCAGGCUCCGUCGUACAGCGGGAAAAACAAGCAUUGAGCUGUCUAAAUUCCAUCUUUUCCACCGGUGCCGUCCUAGUCUUCAUUGACUUGAGGCUCAAUCCAUUCCGCCUAGAACAAUGGGCGAACCUACACCCGACAUCACAGUCAUGGAUCAUCAGAAAACAAAUAUAUCCACAGAGCGGGCAACCCCGUCGAGCGAUAUGGGCGCUUCCAGCAAGACUAUCGUCAGGAAGGUGAAGAAAGAUGCUAAUCUGCUGACGAGGUUGACUCGUUGGCUACUCAACAACCAGAUCGGCCUCUCUUUCAAUCUCAUCGCUCUUCUUUUCCUCACCCACAUCUCCAUGCCCAAGGCACGGCCAUUUACAGCCAAAUUCUUCACACUGUCACAUUACAACCCCAACACUGGGAAAUAUGCUCUCGGCCAUGGGGACGGCUUGUUCAUGAUCUUCUGGGUCACCUUCUUGACUGGCCUACGUGCAGCUUUCAUGGAAUACAUUCUAGCUCCCCUUGCCAAACGAUUAGGAGUAGCGAAAAAGAAGGAUGCUACUAGAUUCGCCGAACAGGGAUGGAUGCUGAUCUACUACAGUGUUUUCUGGCCUCUGGGAAUGUACAUAUACUGCAAGUCGCCAUACUUCCUCGACAUGCAACAGCUAUGGACCGACUGGCCUCAGCGAGAGCUCGAUGGGCUUAUGAAGGGAUACAUGCUGGGGCAAUGGGCUUUCUGGUACCAUCAGGUACUUGUCAUCAAUGUUGAGGAUCGUCGGAAGGAUCACUGGCAAAUGCUGAGCCAUCAUCUCGUCACGAUUGCGCUGAUUUGCGCGUCAUACGCCUACCACCAGACCCGGGUCGGGAACCUGAUCUUGGUAACGAUGGACGUGGUCGAUUUGAUUUUCCCUCUUGCUAAGUGCCUCAAAUAUCUCGGGUAUACUACGGUUUGCGAUAUUUUAUUCGGCAUGUUUGUCGCCCUAUGGCUAGUCUCCCGCCACGUGUUCUAUAUGAUGACCUGCUGGAGCGUCUACUCCGACUUCCCUAAAGAGGUACCGCCAUCCUGCUACCACGGUACUGCGGACAAUCUUCAGGGCCCAUUCCCAGUACCCGAUGGCUGGUCGCAUCUGUUGGAACCCUUCCGCGACCCCGCAGGCACGGUAUGCCUUAACAACAACAUUAUGUACGGCUUCCUAACGUGCCUUUUAACCCUCGAAGUCAUGAUGAUUAUGUGGUCCUUCUUUAUUAUCCGAGUCGCUGUGCGUGUGCUGAAGGGCUAUGGUGCCGAGGAUAUUCGAAGCGACGACGAGGAGGAGAACGAGGAAGAGGCCGUCGAGUACGAGGAAGUCGAGGCUCUGGAGGAAGAAGUUGGCGUUGAGGAUAUCGACUUGAAGGGAUGGGAACGCCGCACUGCUGGAAAGAGGGCCGCGAGCUCAAGUGGCGUCAGUUCAUCUUUACCCAGGAAUCGCGAUCGCAAGGAGUUGCUGAACCGGAUUGGGUGCGAGAAGCAAAUCAGCUAAGACUUGAGAACGGCUCGAUGAUGGCUGUCUUGGGCUGGCCCAACACCUGUGGCGUCUUUUGGCCUGAGGCAGAAGCCACUGGAAAUAUGACUGUGAAUUUGACUGCUGCAAUAAGAAAAGUAGGUGUAUUGAACAUACGACUUG